CCAAGGUGUGAGUUGCUGGUGCCAGCUUAUCUCUGGAGGUCCCCUCCCGGUGCUAGAGAAGGCUGCAAGCUUUCCCGGAAAAGUCUUUUGUUCUUUUCUGAAUGGAGGCGCCUGCUGUUUCAGGGUGGUCACUUUCACCAUCUGCUGCAAAAUCUCUUAAAACAUAAACUUUCGCCUGAUAUCACUUUAUACAAUUUUAUAAAUUUCCAAUUUAUCAUAAGAACAUGAAUUAACCAUUCCACGUUUAUAACAGUGGUGUUCCCGAUGCUCGAUGCUCGGAUGAGGGUGUUGGCUGAUGAUCUUGAUGACUCUGCCAUCCAGGGAGGGGAAGGCUGAUUGUUUAUCUUAAUGUGUCUUCUCCUGAUGCUGAGGAGACGGCCGGUUUUCCUGUAAAUCCUUUGUCUCCUUUCUGAAUGUUAAAUUCCAGGGUGAUGCCUGCUUUUGUCUUAACAAAUUUUCAAGGCAGACUGAAACUUAUAUUCACAUAUAUACAGUGAUUUUCAUAGUUUUAAUAUGUCACAACUUAUAAGAACAUGAAUUAACAUCCCAUAUUUUUUACAAGGGCGAGGAGGGGGGCGGGACAGGCCGCUUUGUAGCACAUUUGAGGGACUCUGGCUGCUUUUGGGAAUCCCUUCCUGCUCCCCGAGGGGGAUGGAGCAGGGGGAGGGAGGGGGUGAGCGCCGUCCCACGCCCCGGGGCAGAGCAGCAGGGCUGGGUAGCAGCCGGCGCGAGCUCUGCGUGUUCCUUGCUGAGGGAACCCGAUCCCCCCUUUGCCCCUCGUGCCCCCGGCCGGGGCUCUGCGCUACCGCGACGGCAGCAACAGCCUGUGGGGCUGGGACUGGGCGGCGCCGGGCCCUGCGCCCAGAGCCGCCCCUGCGGUACGGGGAUGGGAGAAGCUCCCCAAGCCGGGGGACAGUCCAGCUCCGGCCGUGGGGCAUCGUUCUUUUGCCGGAGAGCAGCGGGAUGCGUGUUGCCUCCGCUCUCCCCCGUACCGUUUAAUGGAGCCCCGGUGCGGGUGAUGGGGAGGGGGAUACGCGGAGCCGGGGGGGCUGGAGCUGCCCCCUCCAGCCCUCCUCACUGCCGCGAGCGUAAACCUGCCGCCUCUUCUGCAGUGACGGGGACUCGCGUUCUCCUCCUCCUAUCCGCAGCUGCAGGUCUGCUGCUCCAUCCCAUUAUUAUUAGGGGAGGAUGCGAAAAGAGAAAAACCCAAACCAAACACACCCAAACAAACAACCUCUCCCAAGUCACGGUAACCCUCUCCCCCCGGUCGGCGGGACUUGCAGGACCAGCUGCGCUUCCCUGGCCCUGGGGAGGGGAGUUAGAGCCGGGGAGGCGGGGGAAAAAUGGGGCCGGGCAGACACAGGGAUUAUCGCUUUUGUCUCCGGCACGGCGAGCGGCGCAGGGGCUCGGUGCUGCGGCUGCCGGAGCCCCCUGUUCCCCGCUCCGCUCCCGCAGGCACCGCAGCGGCGCCGCCGGGCUCCGAGGUUCCGCGCCGGCGAGCGGGCAGCUCGCCGGCUCCUCGUUCCCCCCCCCUUCCCCUCCCCUUCUCUUGGUGUUAUUUCUGCCUUUUCGGCGUAGAGGAUCGCCCACACGCACGCACGCUGCCCCCCGCCCGAGGUUUAAUUGGGUCCAGCCAGAAUUCGCGACGCUCCUGGGGAUUUUCCCACUCAAGCUGGGGUCUAUGAGUGGGAAGGUGAUGAAGCCUAAAGAAGAGAAAGAUGCUUGCAAGGUUAUGGAUGACGCUCCCCCUGGCACACAGGAGUACAUUAUGUUACGGCAAGAUUCCAUCCAAUCUGCGGAAUUAAAGAAAAAAGAGUCCCCUUUUCGUGCUAAGUGUCACGAAAUCUUCUGCUGCCCACUGAAGCAAGUGCACCUCAAAGAGAACACAGAGCCGGAAGGUUUGUGGCACUAUGGAUCCAUGUUCUGUUUGUUUUAUUUCUUUCUCCAUGACACUGUAACCUGA